UGCAACGGCCGACGCCAACGGGGGUGGUUGUGUUGCACGUGGUUUUGCUUUGUACUGUAAUGCAGUUGUUAUGAAUAAAAAACUUUAAAUUAGGUUUAAAAAGUGUCCGAUUUAUAAUAACUGAUAAACGUUACAGCGCCAGCGUUUUAUGUUUUGACACAGUCGUCCAUUGCGUCGACGAAGAACACAGAUGCCAGUAUCAGUUUUAUGAUAUUAGUGUACCUGUGAGCCAUGGAGAUGUCGCACCAAGGUGGGGCGGAGGGCGAGAGCCUCCUGAGGCAGGAGAGGGGAGCCGUCGUCAUGCCUGGGCAGAGACAAGGACGUUGGGAUGCGGCGGACGAGAAGGCGCCAUUCCUUCGCAACGAGCCGGUGAAACUGACGCCGGCUUGGGAAGGCAACAACCUGCCAAAUGACACGCUUAACUUGAAAGGUAUCGCAAUGGACUUAGCAGCUCCUAGAGACAGAUGGCACAUAAUAUUCCUGACAUUGAUGCUGCAUGGCCUCGGUACCCUCACCGCGUGGAACAUGUUCAUCACGGCGAAGGAUUACUUCGUGAAGUACAAGCUGGCCAGCGCUCCCGCCUACUCGGAACACUACCUCGCUUACGUGGGGUGGGCCAGCCAGAUCCCAAACCUUGUCUUCAGCUGGGUCAACGUCUUUUUGACGUCCAAAGGCAACCUUACAGUCCGUAUUGUAUGGUCUUUGAUCAUGGAGGUACUGAUCUUCGUAUUUACGAUCAUCCUCGCCAUGUUGGACACGUCAAACUGGCCCGGCACCUUCUUCUGGCUCACGAUGAUAUCUGUAUUCCUACUUAAUGGAUUCAACGCGGUCUUCCAGAACUCGGUUUACGGUGUAGCGGCCCGGCUACCCCCAAGUUACACUGGCGCCGUGGUACUAGGUAGCAACAUUUGCGGAACCCUAAUUGUGUUCCUAAAUUGGUGCUCGGUGUUCUUCGACAACCCGCGUACCGCUGCUAUCUACUAUUUCAUCGGGGGAAUGUUCGUGCUCCUUAUUUGUAUUGACACGUACUUCGCAUUGCCUUUGAAUAAAUUCUACCGCUACCACGAGUCAUUGCAGCAGCAGAUGGUAGCCGACCGCGAGGACAAUAAGAACGCCAACACACCGCACGUGUCUCGCUUGAAGAUCUGCGGCCAAGCGUUCGUGCAGUUGUACAACGUGUUCAUCGUAUUCUUUGUCACCCUCUCCGUCUUCCCUUCUGUUAUAUCAGAUAUCUCACCUAACGUUGAAGGGUUUUUGGGUGAUAAUUUCGUCCGAAUGACUUGCUUCUUGACAUUCAACCUCACAGCUACAAUCGGUAACAUCACUGCAAGCACAUGGCAAUUCCCUAGCCCCCGUUGGCUGGUAGUAUUCACAACUCUCCGUAUACUGUUCAUCCCGUUCUUCCUGAUGUGUAACUACAAGCCAGCUGACCGAACCUUCCCAGUCUUCAUCACCAAUGAUUGGGUCUUCUGGGUAGCUUCUGCUUUACUCGGAUGGAGCUCUGGACAUGGAAGCUCGCUUGCCAUGAUGUAUAUUGGAGGCACGGUGGCUCCAGAAAACGCAGGUACAGCGGGUAUGAUCGGCGCGGCCGUCCUAGUGACGGGAUUGGUAAGCGGCAUUACGUUCACUCGGCUCUGCCCUAUUAUCGUCACGGCCGACCUUUGGCGCACCGCCUAGCGAUCACUACACUACGUCUCUACGGCGUGGAACAUAUUUACUAGAAGACUAGGACAGUAAUGACGUCACAAUAAUGACGUCUUACAAGUGAAGUGUUGUUCAGGAAAGUGAUCAUGCAAUCAAGACAAAGUUGGACAAAAGUGAUAUAAGGAUUGUGACGUUCAACAAAAUGUGUUCUAUAGCUAUAUAUUAUAUGCAAUUUAUAUUAUUUGUUGACAAUGUAUACAGUUUGCCAAAAACUAAUAGUUUUAUCUGAUUUCUUAUUCAUUUUGUGUGUGACUUCUAUUUAUUUGUUCAAUCUUAUAUUUGUACCUUGCCAUGUCAUUCCUACACGGUCCUGUUGUUAAGAAGCAUUUACUAUUAUCAUCAGUCUAAGUAUAAUGUUAGCAACUUAAGUUGAAACCAAAUAUUUGUCUCGAAGUACCUUUUCUGUACUAAAUAUCUCAUGAUUAUUCUUUCAUUUGGUGCUUAACAUAUAAGAAAUGUUUUGUCCUAUAUUAGCAGUUGACACACAAAAGUUAUGUAGCUUGAUUUAAGGGCUAAAAUGGUAUUAAAUAUAAUCCUAUAGACAUAAGACUGUUUGAAGAUAUUAGUUCUGCCACGAGGCUAUAAAAAGUCAAAAUGCUACUAUUAGCUUUGACUUGAGACAUCAUAGAAAUAUUAAGGAAUUGGACGAUAGUAAGAAAAUAAAAAACAACAACAAAUUUAGUAGAGAAUGGACAUUGUGUUUUCUUUGACAUGAA